AUGUCGUCUGAUAGUAGAGACCUUCAGACCAUUCUGGUAGCGCAAGAGAAGCGUGAUCUGGCACCCAAUGUCUCUUCUCAGGUAAUCAACGAGAUUAAGAGUAGUCUCAUCUUUCAAAUCAGCUGGGAACAACUUCUACAGGCGGCUCCGACGGCCAUCAGCUGCAUGGGAGCUUGCUUCAUUGCCAGUUCCAGCCCGAGAGCAGUUGUUGAGCUUACUUCACCUCCUGGCAAAGGUUUUCAGUACCUGAAGUACACCUCAGUGCAAGCUAAUCUCGUUGAAUGUGGCAACAUGGGACGCAUGGCAUUUCUCGAGGCAGAGAACGGGAUGGGUGUCAUUCAGUUGACUUCUCAGGUCAUCAAUGGGAAGAUCAACGAGAUCGUUCCCACUAUUGCCGAUCCUGUAUCAGCUAAGAAGAUGCUCCGACCGCAACUGGAAACACUCAAGUCUGGCGCCAACACUUGUCUGAACAGCGCCAUAGCCAUGGACAAAAAGUUUGAGGAUUGGCUGUUGUAUGUCUGUGAGAUGCAUGCUGCUUGUGUUCAACAAGAAAAUAACACACGCGAGGCUUUGCAAAGCAAUGAGAUCAACCUCGUGGCAGAGGGCUCGCGCCUUGAUUACCAAAAGUCGACGGUAGAAGAGGCCAAGAAGGCCCACGAAGAGUUGGGCAAACAGGUUGGUGUUGCAUCAGAAGCAUUCAAAAAAGCGUCGGACGAGUUUCCUACCGGCUGGGAUCUCCUUGGCCAACAGAUCGUUGGAGACCUAGCUGGCGCUGUGACCACUGCUCUAAACGCUGCCCUUCCGGCACUGCUGGACAACCUCAAUCCUAUGGCCAAAUUGAAAACCGGGGCGAGUAUCGUUGGCGGCUUUGUGAAUCCCCCCAAGGGUAGUAAUGCAAGCGCUGAGGGCUCUUUCGGGACAUCAAAUGGCGCCAGCAAUACAUCGCAAAGUGCCACUCCGCCCCGCCCACUGCCGAGGCAGGUUACAGACCCGGCUUUCCCAGAGAUUCAAAAGAUCUCCGCCUACCUUUCUUCUCUUCAAGUUAUUGUGAAUGGCAAGCAGGAUGGUGAUAUCGACUGGGAAAUGGCUAGAACUGGAAGCGCUGGCAAAAGUGGCCCGAAGUCAGCAAUCAAGUUCAUAUUGACGAUGCUGGGCGACUCGAAAGACCGCUUCACUCCACUGGCCACAAGUGAAGAGCCCAGCCGCACCUUGUCUGAGAUUCUGAAAGUCUGUUUGCGGGUUGCCGCUGAAUUACAAGAAGAGGUUGAAAAGUCCAAGACGGUAAUGUCUCAAUGGCCAGCAAAAGACUCUGAGCAGGUCAAUAAGUGGCAAUCCGACUUUACUGAUGCAUACGACAAAGCCAACACUCUUCUUGCUACAGCAAAAACAGUUCCGGGCACUGCAGCCAACGGCGUGAGUUUUGACCCUGACCAAUGUAACUACUUCAAGAGCACAGGUGUUAUCCCAUUAAUGCCUGCCCAAGAUCCGGCAGUCCAAGCAGCACAGAUCAAUGCCAAAACAGCUCAAGCACAAGCGGUCCUGGAAUCAGCUAAGAACCGGUUAGCAACUACGUCGCAAAUGCUCACGACAGCACAAGAUAAUUACAUCAAGACAACGGAUAUGCUUCUGCAGCAGCAGAAUAAACUAGCUGAUAUUCAAGCGACUUUAGCCAAGUUAACCGCCUCUAACGUCGAGCUAGCCGAAAUCAAGAGGAUCCUUAUCGAGUGCAUCAAGCUUAUCCUCAACCUCAAAGACCAAAUUACCAACCUCGUGCGCUUCUUCAGGGGCAUUGCAUCCAUUGUCGAGGUCUGCGUCAAGUAUCACGUUGAACCUUUUAUCGCCACGGUCAAAGCAAUCACGUCUGACGGCGACGACCCCAACGAAGCCUACAAAGUUGGCGACUACACAUUUACUGACUUCCAACGAUCGCAAGUAUAUUCAGCUGCGGUCACAUUGCGCUCCUAUUUCGGUGUCUUUGGUGACAUCGCGAAGAUGUGGGUGACAUUGUCUAAGGACAAUGUCUUACCGGGACUGCGUAUGUGUGAUGAGUUGUCCGUAACGAGUGAUGAGAAGGACCCCGGAAUUAUGCAGAAGAAGAUCCACGUACUCACUCAGUGGUCAUCCGAUGCGACCAACCGAGUCCAGCAAAUUGCAGUUGAGAAGCAGCGCGAAAUCAUGGAAGGCAUGGAAACCCGCAUCGUCGAAGUCAAAGAGACAACGGCAGCCAUCGCUGCGCUGCCGGCGACCAUCCUCAAGGCCAUCACAGCUGGCACAGAGGUGACCAAAGAGGCAGCUCAGAAGAGUAUCGAGCAGAGAGCUAAACAAAGCUCUCUGAGCCGCUUCGCUAUCUCUGAUGACUGA